CCUAACAGUCUGGAUGCCGAUUCUUCUAGCCUAUUUCGUCUACUUCAUAGUUCUGGAGCUCCAUCUAGUGCUGUUGCUGCCGUUGCUGCAGCUGCAGCUGCGGCCGUUUCCGCAGGCUUACCAUUGGACUCUCAUUUAUCUGCCGUAUCAGGUAUGUCGGCGCGUUCUGCCGCUUCAUCCCAAAUUGGUGGGCUUGGCCAGCGAAACCCUUCAACAGGUGGACAAGGAAUCUCGGGCCCAUCUAUUGGUCACGGAUUAUCUGGUCAAACACUAUCCUCAACUUCUGUUGCCAGUAAUGGAAUAAUGUUGCCACAGUCCCAUUCUAGCUGUGCCGUUGGUAGUGGCUCUGGUGGAAAUACACAGCAACAGCAACGCCAACUUGUUCAGAUGCUAAUGGAGCUUCAACUAAAGAGUCAGAACUCAUCGAAUGGGCUCUCGAACGGUCUGAUUAGCGCUGAAGACAUUGUAAAAAAAUAA